UGCGUGCAUGUGCGCCUGUUUGGACGGCCGAAGACGAUCCGUUAUCGGAGCAACCGUGUUAGGCUUACGAUGCCCCGCUUUCAAGAAAGUCAUGCGUCCUCGAAGCGCUGAUCCCUGCGAGGUCUCAAGUUUUGUCGCGACAGUUGAUGCGGAGUGCUGAAGACCUUGUUGGAACAUCAUCUCCUGUCACCGUCAUGAAUUCGAGACACGCUGCAGAGCUGACGCUGAAGAAAGACGGCACGGGCGGCCCUGCGGCGGGGGAGGAGGAGGAGCUGACCAUCCCCCGGGCAGCCAUGAACAAGAUGAUCAAGGAGCUGCUGCCCAACAUCCGCAUUGCCAAUGAGGCCCGGGAGCUCAUCCUGUCCUGCUGCACCGAGUUCAUCCACCACCUGUCCACCGAGGCCAACGACAUCUGCAACCGCCAGCAGAAGAAGACCAUCUCGGCCGACCACGUGCUCGGAGCACUGGACAGCCUGGGGUUUGGCGCCUACCGGCAGGACGCAGAGGCGGUGCUCAAGGACUGCAAGGCGGUGGCGGCCAAGCGCCGGCGCCAGAGCACGCGCCUGGAGAACCUGGGUAUUCCCGAGGAUGAGCUGCUGCGCCAGCAGCAGGAGCUCUUUGCACAGGCGAGACAGCAGCAGGCAGAGUUGGCCCAGCAGGAAUGGACGCAGAUGCAGCUGGCGGCGCAGCAGCAAAUGCAGCUGCAGAAGCAGCUGAGCCACAACGAGGAAGACGACGACGACGACUACUGAGUCUUAACCCCAGUCCCCGGAGCGCGUCCCCGACCACGUCCUCAAGGGCGGUUUCUCGACUUCCGCCCAACGACGACAUAAAAUUCUCGCGCCGCCGCCUGCCGCAGUCUCUGCCAUGGCAGAUGCUGCGGACGCCCGUCCCGCUUUAGGUCUCUCUGGGCGAGACGGUGUACGGAAACCGAAGCAGACGCGAGACGAGACGCCGCAACAACGACCACUUUCCCGGCCGUUCUUCGCCUUUUUCGCUGGCUUUGCAGCGUCUGACCGCCAGGAUGGCUACGUCAAACGGGACGACACCUCGUCUCCCGCAACCCAUGUCGUUGCCACUUCGCGAACGCACGGGCAGGAUGGGACAGUACGGACGCCGGUCGGACGCGUUGCAGGUGCCGUACCCCCACUUAGCCACACCCAUUGUGCCAUCUGUGAACGCAGUCGUUCGACCGCAACGUUGGCAACGUGGUAGACUUUUUUUUAUUGUUAUUUCACCGCGUCUUUUGCUUGCUACUUACAUUUCUGGCCGCAAGGAGCGGUUGCGACCUCAGCUCUGCUCGGAACAUGUCGACAAAUGCCGGCGUGCCUGAAAUCAACGAGCAGUUGUGUGGGGGAAGUGUGGGUUUUAUGUGAUACUUGAAUGUUUGUUUCUUGUUCCUGCUUUCUGAAUUUUUACUUUCCCAUUUUUGUUUGUUAGCGGUUUAAUAUGCGUCCCGUAUCGGCACUCGCGAGUUGGGAUUUACUGUUACUGCGUGACAUUUACUUUUUUUUAAAAGGUCGGUGUUGCAUUAAGCAGCGCAGUCGAGUCGAAAGUCGAGCUCAAAAGCAUUUUGGGCAAUGAGUGUAUCAUGCGCGUUAUUUGUGAGACAUUUUAUUUCAAGGCCCGUUGCUUCGGGAGGUUUAUAAAUGUGUUCCGACAAAACUCACUUAAAAUGGCCCUUGUGCGUGCAUUGCUUCUAAAAUUGGAGCCUUGUGUUUUGUGAAGUUGGUAACGUAAUUGUGUUCUCGUGUAUGUAGCACAUAAUAAAGGUUCUACUUACUUACCCAUUGUAUGGAAUUAUGAUGGGACGGAGCGGUAGUUCUUUCCCAGUCCAUACAUUUUGGAAUUUAAGAAUUAGGAAAUAAUCCUUCCGAAAUGUUGUGGCACCAGACAGAAAUUGAAAAUGACACGGGCUUGACUGCUAAGGCUAACUAUUUGAAAGUAAAAUUGGUGAGUUUCUUGCAAUUGCCCGGCUCAAUUCAGAGAUCUAAAUGAAGCCAAGUGUGGUGUUAGACUGGAAAGUGCUUGGAUGGGCCAUCAUGAAAGAAUCUCAACAGAACUAAACCUUUGAAAUAGUCAUUCGUAAUUUAAUUACAGUUUAACCUCAGUUUAACGAAGUCACCUAGACCCGAUAAUUAUUUCGUUAUAUCGGGAACUUCGUAAAAUCGAGGAAGGAAGACCUCGCGCAUAGGCUCCUCGGGGAAUCCGAAUUUUUUCGUUAAAUCGCGAAAUUCGUAAAAUCGGGUUUUGUUAAAUUGAGUUUCAAUUGUACUAAUUCUAAAACAAUGCAAAUUGAGAAAUAUUGCUUUGUUCUCAAGUGCAUUUUCCGAUCGGGGUCAUGACGGGAUAACCCAAAUCUUUGGAAUCUGCGGUUUGCGUUAAGGCAUUUAGCAAAAUUCGACAAAUUUGGACUUGCGAAGUGUUGCCAGUCUUCUGCACAAAAAAUUUAAAUUGUUAAAAUGAUAAUAUAAUUUAGAAAGUAGUUUAUUUUACAUUUUAUUAAAUGAUACCAAUUUUUACACAAUAUACAUAGGUUGUAUGUGACGUCAUUCAAAGAGCGCUCCGAUGACCACCAGAGAAGAGUGGAAAAGGGAGGUUCCCUCUUAUCAGGAUCCUCUUUUGUGCCUCCCGGAUUUGCACAGAUGUCGCUAUUCUCCCCCCAGAAGAUUAUAGAAGAUUAACCCGUCACUCAAAAUUUUUACAAGAGCAGCUUCACUCACCACCUCUUGCAUGGUGGUCAAAAGUAUGCGAUGUGACGUCAGUCCAACCCAUGUAUAGAAACAGACAUAUGUGCUUUAGUUUACUAAUGUGAAACAGUAUAACCAUCAAAUAUUGCACCCGUCCACAGGGGGUGCAAAAUCAGCUCCUUUUCAAUAUCCGCACAUGCACAUAAUAGUCAAUCUUCAGUCAAACUUUUCGAAGUCUGGCUGAGAUUAGUGCCAAAUAAUGCAAGAAUGCUGUCAAUGCAUGUAAUUGCUUUGUGUGUUAUAGUACUGAUGCUAUGUAGAUCACCCCUACCGUGGGGUUUUCCUUUGCAGAGGUUAGCAUUAGGCUUGAAGAACUACAGGGUGGUUGUUAAAUCCCUUUUAAAUGCCGGACGUGGUCAACACUUGUACUACUUUGGUGUCACAAAACAUGUUUAUUAUUUUUCUUCUAGAAUGUCUUGGCGUAGUCUAAAUAUGGGGUCUACAGCUCAUAAUUUCAUUAGUGGUAAAAGUAUCUAUGUAAGAAAACACUCAAAUUUUUUUUAUCUUGCUUGUUUUAUUGUUUGUGACAGAAACUAACUUGGAAACUGCAAGCGUGGUUACUCUUUGUUAAUGCCUUUUUUUUUAACAAUAUUUUAAUGAUGUGGUUGUGUGGCUUAACUUUCGUUGUGCAUAUGUGCCACUCCUCUCCCUGGCGAGGUGCGCCCAUACCUGUUAGCAGUACGAGGAGCAGACGACGGGAGAGGCUGGUGCGCUUUUCGUACUUGCCUUCCGCUUCGGAAUGUUAUGUACCGAAUGCAAAAGGGCAGGGCAUCAGGUACUGUUGUGUAAUCAAAUGCCUCUGCAUCGUAUUAAACAAUAAGGUAAA